AUGUUAUGGCGAGAUCACUGGCUUCCGCAGGGUCCUCUGUGUGACUUGUUCCCUUUUAGAACCUUGACUUCCACUGGGUUACCGUGGGAUGCUCGGGUUUCAGACAUUAUUCGGGAUGGUUUGUGGGACUUUCCUUCGGGCAGUUCAGACCUUCAGCAUAUCUGGGACUCUAUUACAGUGCAGCCUUCAGCGAGUCAUCCUGACCAUCUUGUGUGGAAGGGCCAUCCAUCUGGACGGUUCUCUAUUGAUUCAGCCUGGAAUGUAUUGCGAGACAAACGAGAUGUGAACUCGAUUCAUCAUCUCUUGUGGUUUCCCGGGCAUAUUCCACGUCACUCUUUCAUUCUCUGGCUCGCUUCUAUUGGUUGGCUUCACACCAUGGAUCGGCUCAGCUCUCAUGGAGGUCACAACCAGGACGCUUUCUACAUGGCCUACUCUCUCCUGGCUCCCUCUGCUUCAGUGGGCUAG